AUGUCUGAUCCACCUACCGAGAACACAUCUCCUUCGGAGUCCGAGCGCGUAAAUGGUGAUCUGCGUGCAAGCGAAACAGGCAAGCCCUCGACCGCGGACUCAGGCACGACUUCGCCGUUUCUGAAUCCUACAGCCGCGACAUCACACCCCGCAGCGGACACACACGCCAGCGAUAUCACACUCCCCGAGGACCAUACGCCCGACCUUCCGCCCCGCGUGCCUGACAUGCCGACCCCAGUCGAAGCCGUGCAAGAGGAGGAGCCACCCCAAAUUGCAGCCCUGCGCUCCAUGUUCCCCGACUUUGACAGCUUAGUCUUUCAGUCCGUCCUGGAGUCAGUCAACUACGACCAGGAUCGCGCGAUCGACGUCCUCCUCGGCAUGAGCGACCCCGAAUACGUGUCGACAUCACAGGCCACAGCACCGACCCAGCCAGACCUUACGCUAGAUGAACAACUCGCCCGCCAGCUCGCGCUCGAAGACCAGCAGCAGCCCCGCCGCCCCGCCUCCGGGCAUUCAUGGCCCCGCCGCAACCAAGUCCCAUACCAGCCUCGCCAGCAACACCCUCGUUCGCCUCCCCAGCAGCAGCAGCAGCAGCAGGAGGGGUACGUCACUGGGAACGAGCGCGGCGACUUCCAAGAGUUCCAGGAUACAUUCAGUCGGAUUGCUGAGAGCGGGAAACGCACUUUCAGCUCCAUCGUUUCCAAGGCGAAGGCAAAGAUCAACGAGUACCAGCAGGGCCGACCGUCCCAGACUUCGCCACCGUUGACUCAACCCCAGUGGGGCUCCGCGCCGCCCAACCAACCAGAUCGCCACACCGCCCAGCAAGCGUACACGCAAGAGUACUACGGCUACGACCACUCUGCGUAUCCCGUCUCGCCACAGGAACAACCACAUGUGCAGGGCUAUGACGCGGGGCCGGUGCCGUACAGCAAUAUUCCCCCGAGGAGUGCCCCGAUCGCCGCCCCGACGCCGGUGGUGCCGCCUCCCAACGUCAACCCUAACAUCACUUCGCCGUCAAAUCAGCCCUCGAGCUCGGUCUCACCGCGACCGUCAGGCGAUACUCCUCGCCCACCCCCGACGAUGAGCGGCAGCCCCAUUAAUGCAGCGAAACUGGGUCUCCUCCCCAAACGCACUGUGAACCUCCUCAACUCUCAGCCUUCGACGACGCAGGCGCCCCAGGUGCAGCCGGCGGCGGCGAGACGACCUAGUGAAGACUUGGAGUACAUGGAGAAUCCGUUCGAGGAGGGGAGGGAUUGA